AUGGCUGCUCUUCAAUCCUUUCACCAUCAGAGUACGUUGAAAGAAGAGAUCGUAGAAACAGAAGGGUUCACUCUAGACGGAGCAGUCGAUUGGCACGGUCAACCAGCUAUUAAAUCAAAAUCUGGAACGUGGGUUGCAGCAAUUAUAAUUCUCGUGAACCAAGGACUCGCAACUUUGGCGUUUUUCGGAGUUGGAGUGAACUUGGUGCUAUUUCUAACGAGAGUUUUGCAACAAGAUAACGCUGAUGCGGCUAACAAUGUCAGCAAAUGGAUGGGAACGGUUUAUAUCUUCUCACUUGUUGGAGCUUUUCUUAGUGAUUCUUAUUGGGGCAGAUAUAAAACUUGUGUCAUCUUUCAGAUCAUUUUUGUCAUUGGCUUGGUGUCAUUGUCCCUCUCCUCCUACCUCUUCUUGAUCCGUCCCAAAGGCUGUGGCGAUGAACAAACGCCCUGUGGAAGCCAUUCCAAAUCCGAAAUUUCCCUCUUCUACCUUUCCAUUUACCUCACAGCUCUUGGCAAUGGCGGCUACCAGCCCAACAUCGCCACAUUCGGCGCCGAUCAAUUCGAUGAAGAGGAUCCGAAAGAGGGCCAUUCGAAGGUCGCCUUCUUUAGCUACUUCUACCUUGCUUUAAACCUCGGAUCCCUCUUCUCCAACACCAUUUUAGGGUUUUUUGAGAAUGAAGGAAUGUGGGCUCUCGGGUUCUGGGUCUCCGCCGGGUCCGCUCUCGUUGCGCUGCUCUUGUUCCUUGCUGGAACUCCGCGGUACAGGCAUUUCAAGCCCUCUGGAAACCCCCUUACCAGAGUAUGUCAAGUCGUCGUCUCGGCGGCGAAGAAAUGGCGGGUUAGGGUUCCUAUUGGAGGAGAGGGGUUGUUUGAGAACGAUCGGAAGCAGAGCCCUAACAGUGGCUGCCGGAAGAUUCUCCACACUCAUGGAUUCAAGUUCUUGGAUAAAGCAGCCUACAUCUCUUCGAGGGAUUUAAGCGAUCGAGAGGAAGAAGUGAACAAUCCAUGGCGCCUCUGCCCAAUCACCCGAGUAGAAGAAGUAAAAUGCAUUCUAAGACUGAUCCCAAUCUGGCUCUGCACCAUGAUCUACUCAGUUGUCUUCACCCAAAUGGCCUCGCUCUUCGUCGAGCAAGGUGCAGUCAUGAAAACCACCAUCUCAAACUUCCACAUCCCACCCGCAAGCAUGUCGAGCUUCGACAUUCUCAGCGUCGCCCUCUUCAUCUUCCUCUACCGCCGCAUCCUCGAUCCAUUCAUUGGAAAACUGAAAAACUCCAGCUCCAAUGGGCUGACAGAGCUACAACGGAUGGGGGUUGGGCUGAUCAUCGCCAUGAUGGCAAUGGUCUCGGCAGGCAUUGUUGAGUGCUACAGACUCAAAUACGCCCAAGCUGACUGUGGAGGAUCAGGAUCGAGCUCCUUGAGCAUCUUUUGGCAAGUUCCACAAUAUGCAUUGAUAGGAGCCUCAGAAGUUUUCAUGUACGUGGGUCAGCUUGAGUUCUUCAAUGCACAAGCACCGGAUGGGCUGAAGAGCUUUGGGAGUGCGCUAUGUAUGAGCUCGAUCUCGUUAGGGAACUAUGUUAGCAGCAUGUUGGUGACAAUGGUGAUGAAGAUUUCAACGGCGGAUCACAUGGCUGGUUGGAUCCCAAGCAACCUCAACAAAGGGCAUUUGGACAGGUUCUACUUUCUUCUUGCUGCCUUGACUGUGAUUGAUUUUGUGAUCUACAUUGGUUGUGCUAAGUGGUACAAGUGCAUCAAAUUGGAACACAAAUAUGAACAAACUGAAGAACAACCAGAAAGCUUGAGGGUAUGAAAUAUUAUUGAGUUAACCCUUUGAAAUAAGAUCUGGAGAGAAUGAAUAGUAUGCGACUAGCAUACGAGUGGAUCACGUUGAAAUAGUAACCUAAAUGAUCAAUAGUAUAUGGACAGGUUUGGUGUCUUAUUUUGGUAACAUUAUUGAUACGGUUCACUUUGUAAUCGUUACAAACAAUUUGAUUUGAAUCGUUUAUGUGUAGAUAAGUGAGUCAAAGUAUCACAUGCAAUUAGUUUGU